GCACAUCCACAUUUUCCCAUUUCCUCCCAAAGCUUCAUCCUUUUGUUUUCCAUUUGGUCAUUUUGCCACCAUGUCUCUGAGGUCACUUGCAGCAGCUACUGGUGCUAACAUGCAGCUGAUCAAGGGUGACCGUGGUGGGAUGCUAUCGAUGUCUGACGAUAGCGUGAUGAUGAAGCAAGUGCAGGCGACUCAUGCCCCAGACGGCAGAGAAGUCGAUGUGGCCCCACUUCUUCACUUAGUUGAAGACAUCCUCAAUCGCGCCACCCUCCAGGUUGAACCGCCAUUGCUGGCUAGCCAAGCACAUGCAGAAAUGGAGGAGAAGAACCACCAGAUCAGCUACUCCAUAGUGCUUGAUGCUCUGUCCUAUGUCAUUGACAGAAUUUCUUGUGAGAUAGCCUACAAGGCACUUGGAGGAGCAGAUGCGCAUGGCACAACCAUGACAAUACUCGAGACACUCACAAGCUUCCAAUGGGAUGCUAAGCUAGUGAUGACCUUAGCAGCAUUUGCACUCCACUAUGGAGAGUUCUGGCUCCUUGCACAGAUCUACUCCUCGAACCAGCUUGCCAAAUCCAUGGCCAUCCUGAAGCAACUCCCCACAAUCCUGGAACAUUCUGGCCCAUUGAAGCCUCGAUUCGAUGCUCUGAACAAGCUCAUCAAGGCCAUCCUGGAGGUCACUAGGAGUGUGGUUAAGUUCAAGGAGCUUCCACCUUCAUACAUCUCGCAAGACGUGCCAGCAUUGUCUGCAGCCAUGGCCCAUGUUCCUGCUGCUGUCUACUGGACAGUUAGAGCCAUUGUGGCUUGCGCGAACCAGAUCACUCUGCUCACCACCAUGGGACAUGAAUAUGCACUCACGACUACAGAGUCAUGGGAGCUGUCCACAUUGGAGCACAAGCUCACCAACAUACAUGAGCAUAUGAGGAAGGAAUUAGCUACAUGUCACCAACACAUAGAUGAGAAGAGAAGCCUUGAAGAGUACAAAAUGCUGGUGGAUCUGUUUGAGAUGAUCCACAUUGACAACAUGAAGGUGCUGAAAUCCUUGAUUUACAGCAAGGAUGAUAUGCAGCCACUUGUUGAUGGAUCUACAAAGAGAAGGGUCAGCAUUGAGGUGCUGAGAAGGAAGAAUGUCCUCCUACUGAUAUCAGACCUCAACAUCUCAAACGAUGAGCUGGCGAUCCUCGAGCAGAUCUACAACGAGUCGAGGCUUCAUGCGACAAGGCUGGACAGCCAGUAUGAGGUGGUGUGGGUCCCUCUGGUGGAUCCUUCGAUCCAGUGGACCGACGCAAUGCAAACCAAGUUCGACAGCCUGCAAUCCACAAUGCCAUGGUACACGGUGCACCACCCUUCGUUGAUCCGGAAGGCGGUGGUUAAGUUCGUUAGGGAACAGUGGCACUUCAGGAACAAGCCCAUCCUUGUGGUACUUGAUCCACAAGGCAAGGUAGUCAGCCCCAAUGCCAUCCACAUGAUGUGGAUUUGGGGAAGCAAUGCGUUUCCUUUCACAAGCAGGAGGGAAGAAGACCUGUGGAACACUGAAGCAUGGAAGCUCGAGCUUCUGGUCGAUGGAAUUGAUCCAAUGAUCCUCAACUGGAUUAAGGAAGGGAAGUACAUUUUCCUGUAUGGAGGGGACGAUGUAGAAUGGGUACGAAAGUUCACUAACUCAGCCCGAGCAGUUGCUUCAGCAGCACGCAUCCCCUUAGAAAUGGUCUACGUGGGGAAAAGCAGCAAAAGAGAGGCAAUCAGGAGAGUCCUAGCAACUAUCACAGUCGAGAAGCUGAGCUACUUCUGGCAAGACCUCACCAUGAUAUGGUUCUUCUGGACACGACUAGAAAGCAUGUUGUUCUCCAAGAUCCAGCUCGGGAAGAUCGACGAUCAUGAUCCAAUGAUGCAAGAGAUCAAGAAGCUGUUGAGCUACGACAAGGAAGGAGGAUGGGCCAUUUUAAGCAAUGGCUCAAACAUCAUAUCAAAUGGACAUGGGAACACUGUGUUGACCACUCUGAUCGAGUAUGACCUGUGGAAGGAGCACAUUCCUGUUAAAGGGUUUGACUUGUCGUUCGAUGAGCACCACAAGAAGAUCCAUGGGGUGACUUACCCUUGUUGUAGGUUCGAGUUUCCUAACACUGCUGGGAGGAUUCCUGAAUCGAUGAGGUGUCCCGAGUGCCAUCGUACAAUGGAGAAGUACACUACUUUCCUCUGCUGCCAUGAUGUGGGAAAUCCUCACGAGUCAUCGUUGUUCUAGGACUCCUGCAAUUGUUGCUGAUGCCGAAGUUUCUUCUUAGAAACUCGGACUAAAUAAAAUUUAUCAGUAUGAUUUAUUGUUCUAUCGAGAUUUUCUUCUUGACGUUGCCAAUGGCUACUAUGUGGGGUUGGCUAGCUAGCUGAGUUUAAUGAAUAAAGCAUUUGUGC